CGGCGGCAACAGCUGAGAAGCAGCGGCUCCAGGCCGAAGCAGACGCAGAUACCCAGGCUCGCCGCAAGGAAGCCCAGGAUCUGCUACAGCGGCAUGAAGUCGCCAGCAUCGAAAAACUCAAGUUUUGGCACUUUGAACCAUCCGAGGAGCAACGACGACACGACACUGGAGGAACAGCACAAGGAAUUCAUGGCCAAACUCGUGACUCGGUUGGUUUACACUUGUAACCACCUGCAGUUCGAGCUGGCGAACCUCCAGCGGGCCGUGCGGAACCACAAGGCUCAGCACGAGGAUGCAGCACGGGCACUUGACUCCUGUGUACAGGACUUGGAGCAAACUGCACCAAGACCGGAGGCUGGCGAGUCGAGCAGUGCACCCUCUGCCCGCCAACUGGAGGAACGCGUCGAUCACGUAGUGGCAAUGCUAGGUGAUAUUAGCACCUUCGUAGCGCCAGACACCAUCAGCCAACAGUUGGACACACUGAAGACCAAGAUCAGGCAGCGACAACAGCCGCCUGACCUCGAUCGCAGCACCAGCACGGCGAAGCAUUACAAGAUGCCGACGUUCCGGAUCGAGAAGUUUGAUGAUUACACACAUCAAGACCCGGUCGUCUCGUGGCAAGAAUUCACAACGGAGUUGGGGAUUCAUGAGGUCCCCGAACAUCUGUUCAUCGGCGCACUGUUCUUUAACGCUAGGGGAGGAUGUCAGAUCUGGCUCAUCCAUAUGGCAACCGUCCACGGCGUCCAGGUCUUCGACCUACACAAGGUCUCCUGGGAGGAUCUGACAAAAGAAUGGAAGAAGCGGUUCAUCGUGGACGACGCCCCGGCGCUCUCCAUCAACCGCAUCUUCACGAUGGCUCAAGGAAAUACAGCGACACGUU